CAAAAACAAACUCACAAUUCCUCGUAACAUGACCUCGCUGUGGAACUUCCAUUGGGUAUCAUGACACGAAUCCCCUUCCAGACAUCAUGGCAGUCUCUCAAUUCGAUACAGCGCCAUGCGCCAGAAAUCUGGGAGCAGGUGAAGGAUGUGUUUGCCAAGAACUGGCAUUUGGGCUUCACUGCAUUUGGAGGACCACCAGUGCAUUUCCAGAUAAUACACAAGAAAUUCGUAGAGAAAAACCAUUGGAUCGAUGAGCAACUCUACCAGGAGAUAUUCGCACUCAGCCAAGCAUUACCAGGCCCAGCGAGUACGAAGAUGUUGUACACUAUUAAUUACAUCCACGGAGGUUUCUCAGGAGCCAUCCUCGCCUUCUUCCUAUGGUGCUUCCCGGGCGCCAUUGCAAUGUAUGGCCUCAGUCUUGGCGUGAGCCGCAUAGGAGAUACGCUUCCCUUACCAGUCUAUGCCCUUCUUUCAGGCCUCAACGCUGCAACGGUUGGUAUUAUCGCCCUCGCCGCUGUGCAGCUAGCAGAUAAGGCAAUCACCGACAAGUUGACUCGCUUGCUGGUAUUCCUGGGUGGUGUAGCAGGUAUGCUGUACACUAGGUUAUGGUACUUCCCUGUCUUAAUGGCUGGUGCCGGUGUGGCUACGCUGGUAUGGGAUUAUCGUUGGCCUCACGCAUUGAUACUGUUGGUUUGGCGACGGUGGAGUACGAGGGAGACUGUUGGAGAGGGAGGUGUUGCCGAGCAAGAUAUUUCGGUUUCAUCUUCCAAUCGGCCGGCAACAGUUACAGAAGAAAGUAUUCGCUCACGUCGUGGACAAGGUGGAGAUCAGCAAAUCCCGUUGUCCACACACCCUACCUCCUCUCCAUAUCCUGAAACAGACACAGAAACAGAUCGUGUCGUACCCGCUCCAGUCGAGCUAAAACUCAUCACUUGGAAAACCGGCAUCUACAUCCUAAUCCUCUUCCUUCUGUCUUUCAUCACCGUCAUGGUCCUCCGCGCUCUGCUGAAGUCCCCCCCUCGCGGCGUCUCCCUAUUCGCAAACCUUUACCUAGCCGGCACAAUCAUCUUCGGCGGUGGGCCCGUUGUCAUUCCCCUCCUCCGCGAAUACAUCGUUGCCGAAGGCUGGGUAUCUCCUCGGGAUUUUCUCCUCGGACUCGCCCUGAUCCAGUCGUUCCCUGGCCCGAAUUUCAAUUUCGCUGUGUAUCUCGGCGCCCUGGCUACAGCCGGUACAUCGUUGCCAUCAUUUGUUGGAGCACUAGUUGCAUUUAUUGGAAUCUUUACGCCAGGAAUUGUGAUUGUGACCGGUGUGAUGGGUCUGUGGAAGUUGUUGAGAAGCAGGAGGUGGUUAUUGUCAAUACUGAGGGGGGUUAAUGCUGGGGCUGUGGGGUUGGUUUUCACGGCUGUUUAUAAGCUGUGGCAAAUUGGGUAUGUGGAUGCGGAGCAUCAGAGUGGAAGUCCGCUAGGCAGAGAUCCGUGGUGGGUUGCGGUUACCGCGACGAGUUUCGUGGGUGGUGCGUGGUUUGGGUUGAGCGCGCCGCUAGCAAUUCUACUUGGGGGUGUCAUGGGAUUGCUUUGGUAUGCAGUUGUUGAAGCUUGA